CUCUCUCACGAAGGUGCAUGCACUCUAUCAUUCAGAGAGCGAGAGCAUUGCAAUCGGAAAAGGAAAAAUUGCUGCCUCGAAUUUCCGUCGUUCUGCGCAGAUGCAAAGAACGAAUACUCUCUCACUUAAGUCGAUAGCGCAAAGUGAGCGCUAGCGUGGCCUGUGCUCUCUCUCGUGUGAUAGGUCAUCACCUUCACUUAACGCGCCUUUCCGAUUACCCUUGCCUUUUAACUAAAACAGAGAGGCAUCUUUAGCCUUCUGCGCGUUAAGGAUCCUGACGCUCUUCACUAAGAGCUUUCACCAGCGCGCGUUACUCCCCCACCUAUCCAUCCUUCUUACACCUCUCCGCGCGAUCACUCAUCCCUAUUACACUCCCUUCUUUUACGACAACCGUACACUCCGCCUUCAGUCAUCCAAAGCCCAAAGCGCAGCGCGCCGUUUUCUGCGACGCGUUCAAAUCACACAAAAUGGCGCCGACCAUCGGUGACAUCCAGAAACGCUUAGGCCUAAAAGGCGCUAUCAUUCGAGGAGGUGAACCGUGGAAAACUGAUGAGAUCAAAGACCUCGAGAAGGACAUCAGGGAUUUUUACCAGAAGUACGAACCCUAUUUGAAGAGAGAGGAGGAAUACCCUGCCGAGUUCGACGAUGAGAUUAUCGCCGUUCUCAAGACCCACGCCAAAAAGGUAUGGCCCGACACGCUUAUCCGCAGUGAGGCGACCACCAAAUGGCUGUACGUUGCGGGAGAAAUCCCCGAGUACCUCGAGGACCUCUAUCACGAUCGUCACAUGGACAAGAUCGAGCCGCUUUUUAGAGAGCUUCUCAAUAUGAGAGUCAAGAUUUACCGUGGUAACCAAAGACACGCAGAAAUCAAGAAGCAACAAAAGGCACAGGAAAUUGCUGCCGCUACUGCAGCAUCACCGGCACUCUCCGACUCGGAUCUCACAGACUUUGACAGCUCCGGCGGAACACCUUCUCUUAUUCACGUCAUCAAGUUUGAGACCGACGAAAGCAGAGAAAGGUUGCAAGCAAUCGUCAAAGGUGAUGAGUUCAGUCUGAGAAAGCGCAAAGUCACCCAGACCGAUUCGCCGCUUGACGCCAUCAAGCGCUCCAAACAGACUGCCACAGCUGCAGAGCAUGACUACGCUCAGCACAUUCCUACCUGGGCCACGACCAACAACGACACUGUCCGUGUCGCCACCCCACAGCGUUUUGAAAAUGCACCUGAACUCCUCGUUUCGGCAGCAUCUGGCCUCACGCAUGGUUUUGUGCCCGUCAACCUACCCCAACCACAAUCACAUGAGCAACCACGUCUGCAAGAAGUAUCAGACAGCGAUGAGGACACAUCUGUACGUGGAGGAGCCACCCUGAGUCUGCACUCAAGCGAUGGCAGCUGCCCCGACUUGGAGAACGUGGCCCACCAUCAGCCCGAUACUCCCAGCGAAGGCGUCACACUCUCUUCAGGCAUGCAAUACUCGCUCCCUCAAGGCACACCAUUGAGAGCACAGAUGAGCGGGAUGGAAAAGUCCGUACCACAGUCGCUUGAACAUCCGCGCGAUGUGGCUACAGAAGGCUCCUUGCCGUCUGUCAUCGGGAAUCAAUUCAUUCCUUGGCAAAAGCUCGAUAACAAGAAGCGAAUGGCAAGAAGGUCGAAGGUCCCACUCCGCCCUAUGAUGGCCAAUGGAGAUAGUGACAGUACCCCUGAGCUCUCUGCGCGCGGAAGCCAAAGUGUGAUGGAUCUGCCUUCAAGACCCUCGGCCGGUGUUUCAGACUCGCCUUUGCCUCAACAAGACGUCUCCAUGUCCGCCGAUGUCGACGUCAAUGGCGAUGACAGCCAUAGCAGCAACAGCAACACCGAAAAACGAAAGCUCAAGAGAAGAACCAACUGGACCGCCCCCACUUCCGAGUCGUCGAAGCGCAGAUCAAGAAACACAUCGACUGCCACCCCAAGCGCACCCAACGAUGCUCAACAGAACCUCACACCUCUUUCCGUCCACCAACGUACAUACCACAUCCCUUCCGUGGAUGCAUCUCCACGCCAAGCUGCCCAACAGUAUGCCGCAUCGCCAGUCAACGCUGUUCUCGAUGCUGCCAGCCCCCAACCCCGGCCGGCUGACUCCCCAGUCACAACCACUGGCCCAAUCAUCAUCAACAAGGCAAUGAUUCCGCCUGCCGACAUGCCUGUUUCGGCAGAACUCAUUACAACACACUUCGCAAAGACUUUUGUCAAGUUCAACUUGGCUGUCAACGGUCGUUCUUUCCUCAAGAUGAUCAAGCUCGGCGAUUGCUUCGAUGCCGCCAACCUCCAUGCGACCAUUAAUAACCGCUUCAAGCAUGCGCUCCAAGGCCAAGUCCCUACCGAGAUCGCCUUUACCAUUCACGACAAUGAGUACGCUAUCGAUUCCGACGAAGGCGGCCAAGUCCUUUACGACGAAUUCUUGCAAUUUCUUGUCAACGGUCAUCAGAGCAGCCCCGUCGUCGCUGAGGUCAGAGUCUAAGGCCAAUCUUCGCCUACGACCAUCUUCUCGACCAACGUCACCUCUUGUUGCUCAACUCAGCACUCAGCCAGCCAGACACCCACAGGACAUGGUCCUCAGGAUCAGACCUACGAUUGUAAUAAUAUUUUGGGCGUGUUUCUUGUUUCUUUUCUGCGAUACCAGGCCGAACGCGGUCUGUUUCCCUUCUUUGUCCUUUUUUUCACUUUGGCAAAGAUUCACCAGCACAAAGACCAGAGUUCACAUGAAUGCUUCUCUUGCUUUCUUCUUUUGUUUUGUUCAGCGUGGGAGGAAAGGCUACUACAGGGUCAAUGGAGUUUCUGGAUGAAUGCUUUCUUUUCUGUACCUUAGCAUAAUUAGAUAACCCACAGACGCCUGUCAAUAAGCUCGGAAUGAUGAUACUAAAACCAACCUGAAUCCGUAAGGGAACUGCUGUUACUCAC